GUGUCAUGAUUUUUGUUAUCGCUGGCAAGUGCUACUGACACGCAAUCAGAAAACGACGAGUGCUUCAGAAGUUGGUGUAGAACAAGGAAGGUAGCUCGCGUUCUGUUAUUAGUUUUCUACCGUAGUUUUAAUUUCUGCCCCAAGAAUAGUGAGUGUAUGAGCAGUGUGUAGAUCGAGAUAGUUGGGGACAUUUUUUUUCGAUUAGGUCCUCUCGAACGGUAAGUGUGAGCCACCGCAAUGUCCGAAGUGGUGGAAGAAUUGGUCCAACAAGUGCAGGAGAAUCUCACUGAAAACGCCAACGCGGCAGCAACCAAUGGCACGGCGAAGAUCCCUUCCACGCCAGAAGGAAUGGCCCUGGCCUAUGCAACACUAGUUGCAAUGGCAAUGUUACCCAUUUUCUUCGGCUCGAUACGCUCCGUUAAGCACCAUAAGGAACAGACGAGCACCUUCCAAAAGACGGGCGAAAAACCGGACACAAUGACGUCAAAAGAUGCGAUGAUGUUUCCUAUUAUGGCUUCCUGUGCACUGUUUGGACUGUACAUAUUCUUCAAAAUAUUCUCUAAGGAUAACAUUAAUUUCCUGCUGACUGGUUACUUUUUCUUCCUUGGUGUGAUGGCAUUGUCGCACUUGUUAAGCCCGGUUAUAAGUUCUUUGAUACCAGCUGCGAUACCGAAAAUUCCGUAUCACCUGUCCUUCAUUCAAGGACCUACAGAAGGUGUCAAAGGGGAUAAGGAAACGUACUUAAUUGAUUACAAGUUUACUACACACGACAUUGUGUGCUUCAUUAUAUCGUUGGUAAUUGGAAUUUGGUAUCUGAUUAAGAAGCACUGGAUUGCCAACAACUUACUAGGACUGGCCUUUGCUGUUAAUGGAGUUGAACUUUUGCAUCUGAACAACAUCGCUACCGGUUGCAUUUUGCUAGGAGGUCUCUUCUUCUAUGACAUUUUUUGGGUGUUCGGCACAAACGUGAUGGUCACGGUGGCCAAAUCCUUCGAAGCUCCGAUAAAGCUGGUCUUUCCACAGGACUUGAUCACGAACGGACUGAGUGCUUCGAAUUUUGCUGUUCUAGGAUUAGGAGACAUCGUGAUUCCAGGAAUCUUUAUCGCCCUGCUUUUGCGUUUCGAUAACAGCCUCAAGAGAAAGAGUAAUUUUUACUUCUACGCUACGUUUAUUGCUUACUUCUUUGGCUUACUUGCGACAAUCUUUGUAAUGCACGUGUUCAAACACGCCCAGCCGGCAUUGCUGUAUUUGGUACCUGCUUGCUUGGGAACACCACUUUUACUUGCUCUGCUUAAAGGUGAUAUCAAGAAGCUUUUUGCUUAUGAAGAUCACCCUGAUGAGAAACCCAAAGAGAGUAAAAAAUCCGAUAAAAACUCAGGCGAAGAUUCUGCUAAAUCAAAAAAGGAAAACAAGAAAAAGGAUUCGAAAAAAGUUAAAUAAACAGUUUUAAUGUUUGCUAGCUAGAAAGAAUGAUCGUGUGUUGAGUGGUUGCGCGCGAACUAAUUGCUUCAUGAUAAAAUAUCAUCGCUUGAAAAUUGGAAACACAGGACGAUUAGUUUAAUGCUUUUUGGAGUUAAAAAUCAUCCGCUCUUCAUUGCUUUCAGUAUUCAUAAACAAUAGAGAAUAAUUAAAAACUUAUUCUUUGGCCAGAGCUCAAAAAACCAGUCAGUUUAAGGUAUAGCAUACAGAAAAAAAAUCAGUUUUCCUAUUCACUAGAGAGUGUAUUGUUGAGAAAUACAUUGCCAAAAAUUACAUUAGCUUUUGUGCAGCACUUAAAAUAAACAUUUCAAUCGUGACUAUCGUCGUAUGAUAAGGCAGAUACCGAUACAACACAAAAGAUCUUUUAAUGUGAUUCCAAAAUUAGAAGUAUCACUUAGCUGGAGAGAAACAUUCUGCGUAGGCUUUAUCUACACAACUUACUGCACAAUGACAUAGUAAGAAAUAAGAUGCAGUGAACGUGACGAUGCAGACAAACUUAGUUAAAUAGUUUUGCUUACGUUUAUGCUAACUUCGCGACUGAAAAAGCAUUUUAAGAUGCGCAAACAUAUUCUACUACCAACAAGGCUCAAAAUGAUCAUAAUUUUAUGAAAAAUGAAUAAAACAUCAAGGAGGUUUUUCAUACCCGGUGAGCUAAAUAUAAUGCAAUGAAACAGAAUUAGCCAGAUUCAUAGUUUUGAAAUACAUUUUAAAAGUGAAUAGUUUUAAAAUAAUAAGAAACAAUUUUGUUGGCUUAAAUAAAGGGAUAUAAACAAAA